CACACCCGCCUGGGAUCAACAAUCAAUACCACUCCACAAAGUCGCCGGCCGGCGAUUUAUCUCUUUUCAGCGACAACGAAAGACUUAAAGAGAGAACCAUGGGCGUAGGUUUCAUCGUCGGCGUGGUCGGAGUUCUGAUCCUCUCACACGCGGCCUACUCCACCAUUCAGUAUAGGUCUCUGCUCAAGAUCACGGGAGAGGAGUUCUCUGGACCCCCCAUCAAUGUUCUGGUGGAACUGAUAGCGGGACCAGUUUUGUGCUUGUGGGCUGCUUUAACGGUGCCUGGAAAGUUUUUGUCGAUACUUCCCCAUUCAGAUGAGAACAGGGUCGUAACUUUACCUGCCAAUCUGGACUUCAUGAUCUUUAAUCAUCGUGGGAAAGCAUUUCCUCUGGAGUUGGAUUUGAAGGUCUACUGAUGCGCAGCGGCAUAGCAUAUUGGUUUAACCAAUGAGAUAUAGGAUCAAAAUCAUGGACCAGAUGUGAAUCUUACUGAAAAACUAGAAUGGAGUUAUUUAACUGUGUAAAUCGUGACAUGAGGCACAACUGAAUUGCACAAUAUAUUUUCCAUUUAGUGGGCUGCAAGGACGAACUCCAGGGUUGGCAUUCUCUUUUUUAUCUGUUUGUACUGUUUCAAAUGCUUUGAAUUUUGACUUGUUCUGGUGCUAUGGUACGUGUAAUCUGUUAUACAGUCUUGUGGAUGGUAAAUUAGAAUGGUUAAGCUCUUCUUCAAA